AUGAAGUUUAAGAAACAGACCCUAGUAUCGGGGGAUACGUCUGAAGAGGAGAUAGGACACAGUUAUUUGGGAACUUUGAUGUAUGGUCGCUAUCAACGCGAUUUAAGCGAAGCGGCCAGAGAAGAAGCAAGAAGACUAAGAAGACUGAGGAAGAAAAGACGAAAAGAUGAUAAACUACGACAAAAAGAAUUGGAAGCGUCAGGAAAACAUCGACCCAGAGGAAGGUUCUUUAAAGUAUUAGGCUACGUCUGGCGGAAUACAUUCGCUCGUCUGGGCGAGGACUGGGUCUUCCUGGCUCUACUGGGCAUCAUAAUGGCUGUGCUAAAUUUUGCAAUGGACAAAGGCAUUGCUGUAUGCAAUAAUGCUCGCAUGUGGAUGUACAAGGACCUGGCCACGUCUACCUUCAGUCAGUACAUAGCGUGGGUCUCUUUGCCUGUUUGUUUAAUCCUCUUCGCCGCUGGCUUCGUUCAUAUUGUUGCCGCUCAGAGUAUUGGUUCUGGCAUACCAGAGAUGAAGACGAUUCUUCGAGGAGUUCACCUCAAGGAAUACUUAACGUUCAGAGCUAUGGUCUCUAAAGUUAUCGGUCUGACAGCAACUCUUGGAUCUGGUUUACCACUUGGUAAAGAGGGCCCGUCGGUACAUAUAGCGUCUAUGGUGGCUACGUUGCUGUCUAAACUGGUGACCACCUUCCAAGGGAUAUAUAGUAACGAAUCUCGGACUAGCGAGAUGUUAGCUGCUGCUUGUGCUGUUGGAGUUGCUUCUUGUUUUGCUGCUCCUGUGGGAGGUGUAUUAUUUUCCAUCGAAGUAACCACGACUUAUUUCGCGGUCAGGAACUACUGGCGUGGAUUCUUCGCGGCCUGCUGCAGUGCUAUUAUGUUCCGUUUACUAUCAGUCUGGUCCGGCGCUCUACCCACAGUGAAGCCUCUCUUCCCCACGAGUCUCCCUCAAGACUUCCCCUUUGAUCCUCAAGAAUUCGCCGUAUUCGUACUACUUGGUAUCGUGUGUGGCCUCAUGGCGGCCUUGUGGGUAUUCCUUCAUCGCCAGUACGUGCUCUUCAUGAGAAACACUAAAGUCCUGAGUAACUUCUUACAGAAGAAUCGCUUCAUAUAUCCCGGGGUGAUGACCCUGGUCGUGAUGUCAGUUCUGUUUCCUCCCGGGAUAGGGAAAUAUAUGGCGGCCGACCUUGGAAACCAGGAACAGGUUUUGUCCCUGUUUUCCAAUUUCACGUGGUCCGACGCGCUGACAGCGGAGCAGGCGGCGCUAGUCGAUCAUUGGCGUACCGAGGACGUUGGACACUUCGCCGUACUCGUCAUUUACUUUUUCAGCAUUGUUAUAAGAUGGGGUAAAAGUACCGAAAAAACUUGCUAUAUCUGUGGAAAGGCAGUUGGAACUGCUAAGCAUCUGCUGGUGGGAUGUAAGGUACUCCUGGACAGCGGUCAAUACUCGCGUCGUCACGAUAGGGUUCUAGAAGUCAUACGUGAAGCGGUUAGUCUUUCGGUAGCCAGAGCGCAAAAGGAAAUAACCACAAACGAACGAUCAGUAGGUUUUGUGAGAGAAGGCACUAGGGCUACAAAAUCAAACGUCAAGCCUUACUCCAUCCUUAAAGCGGCGUCGGAUUGGACUAUAAUGAUGGACACGUAUGAAAAACAAUAUAAAAUCCCCGAGGAUAUUUGUGCGUCGGCCUCCAGACCGGAUAUAUUUUUGUUUUCGCGAAUUUUAAAGCGCGUAGUGAUGAUAGAGCUUACGGUCCCUUGGGAAACCAACAUCCCCAAAGACCAUACCAUCAAGGUCAACAAAUAUUACGAGCUCACAAACGAACUCACUCGAAAUAGGUUCGUAGUAGAUUUGUACGCGGUAGAGGUGGGAGCGAGAGGUAUAACAGCGAAAUCUCUCUACAACCUACUAAAGGACUUGGGCUUGUCCAGAACUCACAUUAAUGCAUUCUUGGAACGUAUAUCGAAGGCAGCCCUAGUAGGUUCUUUUCAAAUUUGGUUAGGUAGGGAGAGGAGCUUGGACAGUGGAGGUGAGCGUAUAACGCGCUUCUUUCUCAGCAUGGUUUCCUGCACACUUCCGGUUCCUGCUGGUAUAUUCGUGCCAGCGUUCAAGAUGGGCGCCGCCCUAGGUCGGUUCACUGGGGAAGUGAUGCACUACUUCUGCCCCCUCGGCGUCGCUUACGGUGGACACAUACAGAAGAUACUACCUGGUGGAUACGCGACAGUAGGAGCCGCUGCAUUCACUGGAGCCGUCACUCACACCGUCUCUACGAUCGUUAUAUGUAUUGAAAUGACAGGACAAGUGACUCACCUGCUGCCUAUCAUGGCUGCGGUGCUGUCCGCAAACGCGACAGCAGCUCUGCUGCAGCCAUCAUGCUUCGACAGCAUCAUUCUCAUCAAGAAGCUGCCUUACUUACCUGAUUUGCUCUCGUCAGCAAGUCGUAUGUACGAUAUAUGCGUGGAAGACUUCAUGGUGAGAGAUGUGAAGUACAUCUGGAACAGAAUGACCUUCCAGCAGUUGAAGGAUCUGCUUAAAGAAAAUAAGUCUAUCAAGAGCUUCCCACUAGUAUCCUCUCCAUCAUCCCCCGUACUCCUCGGCUCCAUACAUCGUUGGGAGCUGGUCCGUCUGAUAGAACAGCGCGCGGGUCGAGCCAGACGACUGCAAGUCGCGGCUCUAUGGAGACGAGAGGCUGAGGCGAGGAGACGACCUUCACGCUUUGAAGUCACCGCCGCUUCACUUACUGAUACUAGCAAGGCUGGGCUUGUACCACCACCCGGCCAGCUGUUCCGCCCUAAGUCUAUCUUAAAGAAGACCAAUUCGUUCACUCUAACUCGUGGUCUAAGUUCACCUUCGACCCCAACGACCCCGCAACCUAAUGUAUACACCACAGUUACUGGCGCGGAAACAAGGAUCCGCGCGGCGUUCGAGGCUAUCUUCAAGCGGUCGACUCUACUGCCGGAUGUUGAAGGAGGACUGGGAGACCACGGCCUGCCAAGGAGUCCGUCUAUUAAUAAGAAAGUACAAUUGCCCCGCGAGCGUGUAUGCGACAUGUCUCCCGAGGAUCAACGAGCCUGGGAAAUGAUGGAAAUGUCCCGGGAAAUAGACUUCGACAGAAUGCUGACCAUCGCUCGACAUAGAGAUAUGACGGCUGAGGAGUCUGAUCAUGAGGACGAAGACGACUCGCUGUACGUGUGUCACAUCGACCCCGCGCCCUUCCAACUGGUUGAGAGGACCUCGCUACUGAAGGUCCACUCUCUGUUCUCCACUCUGGGCGUGAGUCGCGCGUACGUCACCGCUAUAGGGAGACUCAUCGGCGUUGUGGCGCUUAAAGAGCUUCGUAAGGCCAUAGAGGAUGUUAACUCGGGUACAUUGACCCCGAGCAGCCACCAGUCUCCCGUGACGUCACUGCCGGUCCCACGCCCCCCCACCGUCCUUGUCCAGCCCCCCCGGGAGCCCGCGCCCCCCUCCGACAAGGACACCGACAAACUGACAGUUGUGAUAAUAUAUUAA